AUGGGAAACUUUAUCGGUCACAUGUACCCAGGACUGUUUCUAUUAUCGUAUGGGCUGUACCAGGCAAUAGUGGUAUCCAAAGCAGUGAUAUUCAGUGACUCUCUCCGGAAUCCUUCAUGUCCUCCAAGAAAUAAGGGAAGAUGUGCCAAGCUGUGGGAAAUACCCUAUGGAGGUCUGUUGAAAAUAGUGAUGGGCUCCAUCUUGAUAGCUUAUGAGAUCAACUGCGUUAAAGACGGGUUGAUACUGAUGAACAGGGAAUUUCCACCAAGGUUUAUGCAUCCUAAAGAGUGGCAGCAUCUCACCAUGUUCAUCCUCCUCACCCUCAAUGGCUGCGUGGAUGUCACGAGCAAGAACUUGCUGCCUCAGAGGUGUGUGAUCCUAGAGAAAGGUACCCUGGUCCUGAGCUUCUAUGUGCUCCUGAUGCUCCUGGUGUCACACGUUCAAGGUUCGGCAGGGGUGGAGCUGGAGAUUCAUCUGCUAUUCAUCUUGGUGGUGUUCCUGCUGAUGCUGGUGUUGGCUGCCGAGCUGUGGGCUCCUAACGCACUUCUCCUCUCAAUGAUCGAGACCUUUCUGUUUCUGAUGAUGGGCUCCUGGCUGAUGCAGGCGGGCUUUAUUCUGUACAGACCAGUCACCGGCUACCCAUGGCAGGAUGAUGACAUCAGCGACAUCAUGUUUAUUACUACCUUCUUCUGCUGGCAUGUGAUGAUCAAUGCUUUAUGCCUGUUGGGAAUCUAUGGCAUCUCUUCCUUUUGGCAUCGUUGUUACAGUCCCAGCUUGAAGAUGACGGGCUCCAAAGAAGCUUCAUAUCACGCAAGCACUGAAGGCCCCGUCUACAAAUUGCUGCCGAAAGUGGAGCGCUCAGAGAAAGAUGAGCAGGUUCCUCUCCUUCCAGAGAGCUCACCUUGA